UGCAACUCUCAGAUCUUAAUUUUCCAUAAGUAAAAGAAAUAAAUAAACAAGGACAAGUCUGUUGAACCAUCAUCACCUUGACCAUUAUACAAUUUGAUUUUUUUUAUAAUAGUUCAUGUGCCUGAUCUGAUUCAUAUGGUAAUAAUAUCUCCUUGCUUGCUUGAAAGAUCAUCAUCAACAGAAGGCUUUGUACCCUGAAGAGAAAGAAAAAAAAAGAUCAUUCAUCAAAGAUAAGUCACCAUGAUGAAGAAGAAGAAACACAGCAGAUCCCAAUCUUCUUCCAAGAAAACUAUUGAACCAUCCCCAGAUUCUUCACCUUCACCUUCACCUAGGCUCCUCUCCAUUUUCCGUUCUAAGUUGGUAAGUGGUAAAGACUUGAAGCAUAUGUUCAGAGGCAUGAAGACCAAAACUGCACCCGGACUGUCUUCUCAGUCUAGAAUCGUGAGAUGCCCCAAGUGCCACAAGCUUCUCCAAGAACCUAUAGAUGCCACUAUUUACAAAUGCAGUGGAUGCAACUCCAUUCUCCAAGCAAAACGUUGGGACCUGGAAAGCAAUGGUGACUCUAUUCCAGAGGCCCUCCUUUAUUCCCAAAACCGUAGUUUAAGUACACAGUUAGAAUCUGCAGAAGCUGGUAGUAAAACACCAAUGAGGAGCACUCACCGGGAGUACAACUCGAGGGCAUCCCCUUCUGUUGAAAGGGGUUAUGAUUCGGAAACUGUUUACAAGCAUGAGACAUCUGAUGUCCACAGAGAAUGGAUGAGAAGGGCUGAUGAGUUCAGUGUGACCGGUGAGUCUGAUGCGUUUGCUUCAGCAAGAAGCUCUCCUUAUAACUCACGCAGCAAUGCCUCGGAGUGGACACAUCAUGAGAGGAGAUAUCAGGUUCCUUUCUAUCCAGCUAGUCCUUCCCCUUCUUCUGCGUAUGAGUAUGGCUACAAUAGUCCCUUUCACGGGUCCCAAGCUUCUGCAUCCGAGCAGUCUUAUUAUCAUCAUCAUCAACCAAACCAAUUCAAGCAAAAGGAGAGAGAAGGCUGGUUUCAAGAAUCUUCUGCUGCUUCACCAAUUCGUUUCCCUGGUGAGACAUCUAAUAAAAACUACUAUCCCUCGUCUUCUCAGUAUCAGCUUCAUGAUCCUCGGUAUCAUAAUCUCUACUCUGAGCGUAGUUAUCAAGCAGCUAAAGCGCCACUACGUUCCACAUACUCUGAGCAUUCCAAGAGUGGGACAAGCCGUGAGAAGAGAUCUCAAAGGGACAAAAAGAAGGAUGUUAGAAAGAAGAAGCCGGUGGUGAAACGCUAUGUGCUUCCUUCAGCGGGUGGAGCGCCUUUUGCAACUUGUUCCUACUGCUUAGAACUUCUCCAGCUUCCUCAGGUGUCUCUCCAUGGAAAACAUAAGGGGUAUCAAGUGCGAUGUGGCAGUUGUUCCGGUGUACUUAAGUUCUCUGUUCGAGAGAAAGCAGAUACUGUCCUUGAUUCACCUGGUUUUGCUGAGGAGACUGUUACUAAUCAUCAGGAUUCAGCUUCAGAAGGUCACGAAGAGAUCUAUCCGGAUGACAGUCAUUUUACUUGUUCAGACAACGGCUCCAGAGAUGGAAUCUGCAAAAGCAACGAUGAUGUGAUCUUGAGACAGAAUGUGGAAACGUUUGAGGAUAAUAAGAGUAAAGAAGACACAAGGAGAAUAUCAAGCACAUUAUUAGAUUCGAAACUGGAGGCGUUACAGCCUUUCCUGAACCAGAAGUUGAGGGAACAACAAUCUGCAUCAAGUGAGAGUACCGGAGAAACUUCAAGAAAGCAUCUAGAGCGAUCUGAGGAAGCUUGUUCAGAGAAGUCAACCGAGAUGGAUAACAACAUUUCUGAAAGAGUCAGUUGUGAUCUAGAGGAGGUUGGAUUAUAUGAGAAGAAUGAAACUCUUGAGCCAGAAGUGAUGUUUGGAGAUGGAUCAGGCGAGUCCUUAGAGGUUCCAGUAUACAAGAAGGAAAGAAUGAGUGAUUCAAGUAUAGAAGCUGAGAGAGUUGCAGAUAAACCGGUUUCUCAUAGUGGGGAAACACGUGUACUGUCUGAGAAUACCGGAGACAGUCAAGAGUUUGAUUGGGAGGAGACUCAAGAGAAGGAAGAAUAUGGAGGUGAAGGUAAAUGGGAGGAUAGCAUGGGAGACAAACCGGUGUUGAUUUUGGAGACAUCUCGGUACACUGGAGAUUCAAUCUGUGACAACAGCUCAAGCAAUGGUGAAGCAUAUGAAGAUACAAAGAUCAUAUCAGCUGCAUCACAGAACGAGAACCAGAGGUUUAUAGGCCAAUCAGGUGAGGAUACAGUAACAACAUCCAGGACUCAUGAGGAGCAGUCCAAGUAUGAGAACUUAAGUGAAAGAGAUACGACCAUUAGUGACAGUGUCAGGUAUAUUGUGUCAGAGGAAUCAAGAUAUGAUACUGGCAAAGUGAGCGAAGAUGGAUCAGCUGUUUCUCUCACGAAGGCGAGUGAGACGUUCAGCACAAGCAUAGAAGGCGAGAGAGGUGAAGAGAGAUCGGCAUCUCAUCAAAUGGAUCUUCUUCCAAACGAGAAUGUAGAAGAUUCCUAUGAAAGACUCGAGUAUGCAGGUGAAAGAACAUGGGAAGAAGAGACUAUGGAAGAUAGAGCGGGUUUGCAUUUGGAGGAAUAUGAAAGCAACUAUGAGAAUUACAGCAAACCAUUUGAAUGGAUUUCAGAAGGAGCUUCGGCAUUUCAUAAUCACAGGCAUGAGCCAAAGCUAGGGACGAUAAAUGAACCAGAUGAGGAUGCUGAUGGAAGAUUGAAAUCCAGUUCAAGGGGUUCCUUCAGUGACCAUGAAAGUUCAGAAGCGAGUGCUGUAUUUCAGGAAUCUCAAGAUGCUCAGUCCAAAUAUGAGUAUGAGAUACCAAGCGAAAGACAAGAGUUGAGCAACACAGAAAGGCAUGAGAUACAGGAGGAGGGUAGAUACGAGAUAAAUGAAACGUUUGGGCCAACCAAGAUGGUGGAAGAUGGAUCUGUUGUUUCUCUUGAGAAGACGGGCGAGACAAACAUAGGCGAGAGAGGUGAAGAGAGGUCGGUAUCUCAUCAUCACAUGGCUACUGAAAACGAGAAUCUGGAGAUCUCUUACGGAACAGUAGAACAAGUUUAUCUGGAAGGAGGCGGGUUGCAGUUGGAGGAAUGUCAUAACAAUCCACAUGAAUGGACUUCAGAAAGAGCUCCAACAUUUCGUCUGCAUGAGUAUGAGCUAGGGACAAUGUCUGCAUCGGAAGAAGAUGCGAAUGAAAGAUCAUCCAGUUCAACAGAUUCCACCAAUGACAAUCAAGCUGUGGCUCAUGAGGAGCCUUCGCUGAUGGAUGAGAACAAAUUCGAAGAGCUAAAAGUUACUCUAAUGGUGGAAGAUGGGCCAUCAUUGCACUUGGACAAGUACGGAAAUGAUUCAACGAAACUGGAAGAUACAUUUGAACGGACUUCAGAAAGAGCUCCGACAUUUCGUCUGCAUGAGUAUGAGCUGGGGACAAUGCUUGAACCAGAAGAGCAUCCUGAUGGAAGAUCGGAAUCCAGUUCAACUGGUUCCUUUAAUAACCAUGAAAGUUCAAAGUUGAGAGAUGUCUUCCACGAGGAGGAGGAGGAGGAGCUACAACUACACGAAAUGACAGAAGAUAGGGUGGCAUUGGACUUGAAGAAGGGUGAAAACGGAACAAUAAAAUUGGAAGAGACAUUUGAAAGAGCUCCAACGUUUCGUCUUCAUGACUCUGAGCUAGGGACAAGGCUUGAACCAGACGAGGAUGCUGAUGGACGAUCAGAAUCUAGUUCAAGGGGUACCUUCAACGACCAUGUAAUUUCAAAAGAAAGAGAGAUGAAUCAUGAGGAGGAGCCCAGGCUGGUGAUUGAUAGCAGAAGCAAGGCGCAACAAGAAGGCGAAAUGGCAAAAGAUACAGUACCUCUGCACUUGGAGUGCGAGAAUGAAUCAAUGAAACUGAAUGAGACAUUUAAGUGGACUUCAGAGAGAGUUUUAACAUUUAGUCACCGUGAGCAUGAGCUAGGGACAAUGCCCGAACCGGACGAAGAUGCAUCAGAAUCUAGCUUAAGGGGCACCUUUAAUGACCAUGGAGUUUCAAAAGAAAGAUCUGUCAGUCACAAGGAUGAGCCUUGGCUGGUGGAAGAUUAUGAAACCAAAGCGCUUAAAGCAAGCGUAAUAGCAGACAGCGGACCAUCUCUGCACUUGGAGAAGUGUGAAAAUGUGGUAUUGAACCAGACAGUUGGACCAAGGGAUAAUUUAUUCAGGCUCAGUCAUGAUGACACACUUGAGCAAGAGAGGAUAACGUUUCAUUUGGAGAAGUCUCAAGAAAAGCAAGUGAAUCUAAGGCAGGCCUUUAAACAGCAAGGUGACACUGAAGACAACAUACCAGCAUCUGAAGGCCACGAGUCCCCAUGCAAAAUGGCCGAAGUAGAUAGUGAAGCUGAAGAAGAUAUGUUGGGAGACCAUUUAGAGCAUUUGCAGAUAGAGAAUGAGAGGUCAGGACUAACCUCUGAACCAUAUUCUCAUUUCUAUAACACAACGGAUCCCUCUGAGAUUGUGGGUCUGCGUCUUGCGUUAUAUGAAACCCAAACUUCACCUCUCAGUUCACCAAUGCAUACUCCCACUGGCUCCCCACUGCACAUCCUGAUGCGUUCUCCAAUUGCUUCACCAAUGCAUACCCACAUAGUUUCACCAAUGCGUUCUCCCAUCAACUCAUCAGGAUCACUCUCUGAUGUAUUGUUCUUCGGCAAGAAAGCUUGAGGGAAGUGAAACAGAGAAUCAUUCCAGCAAGGUUGCUAAAUCUUUCCCCACAUACUUCCAAGACUUUACCUGCGAUGCAAGAUAGUGUGUACAUUGUUUCAUUUUUGUUUGCAAGUGUCUGGAUUAUAUGUACAGUU